ACUUCAUGUGUCUACAAAAUUUAUUAGUGAAAUGGCCGCAGCGGGCACGGUGAAGUCAGAGAGUGAGGAAACUGUGCAACCUGAUCAACAUGGUGGUCGCUACGGUGACAAUGGAGGCUACAGCGGAGGGGGAGGAGGCCACGGUGGCCACGGAGGAGGAGGAUACCAAGGAGGAGGAGGAGGAGGCGGUGGGCGACGCGGAGGAGGGGGAGGUUACUGCCGCCACGGCUGCUGCUACAAAGGUUACCGUGGCUGCUCAAGGUGUUGUUCAUAUGCCGGAGAAGCUGUUCAGACUCAGCCUGGUCACUAAAUCUACAUAAUAUAUCAACCACCAUGUAUGAUUGCAUCUAUAUAUACACUUACGUGUAUGUGUGACUAUAAGUAAACCAUGGUGCGUUUGUAAUGAAGUGCCUUAAGUUUAAGAAAAGAAAUAUGGGAAUAAAGUUUCAUAAUGAAGUACCUUUGUCUUUAAGUUGUAAUCUCCGCUGUUUUCAUAAUAAAAUUGUUUCUCGUUU